AUGACGGCCGAAAAUUUAAGCAGCAAGACGUGCGGAAAGGUGUUUCCUUCGAAAAAAACAUUCUGGAGCGCUUUUGACAGCGGGAACCAAGUGUCAAGUAUUGCGCAGUUAAGAUUCUUUGUGAACAGAAUAUUUAAAGGUCGUCAUUCGAAUAAUGAACAUCAGAUAAAUGUACAACAAACUUAUAUUGGAAAACAACAACAAGGACACAUACAGAAAACCAAACCAAACUUAACAUUAAGUUGUGGAGUUAAAGGAACUUUAGGAGAAAUCCCACAGGGAGGUCAUCGUCCCUGCCCUGCCGAGAUGGAAUCUGGCCAUCCUGGCCUAUGUUAUUGCACUGCUGGUCGUUUAGCCCAAGUCUGUCAAUCUCGGAUGGUAUGUUAA